GGCGUGCUGCAGGGAGCAACAACGACGCUGCUGCACUUGGCGGGCUGGUUGGCCAGGCGGAAGGGCGCACGUCCGCCGAUGCUAGCGCAGGGCUGCAGUUCCGCCGUGCUGCAGGGAGCAACAACGACGCUGCUGCACUUGGCGGGCUGGUUGGCCAGGCGGAAGGGCGCACGUCCGCCGAUGCUGGCGCAGGGCUGCAGUUCCGCCGUGCUGCAGGGAGCAACAACGACGCUGCUGCUAAAAUGCGGACCUCAAGCAUGGAGCUUGAAGAAGCUCGCGCAGCUCAUCGUGCGCUCCAGCGUGAGAACCAACGACUGCUGAACGAGAACUCCGACCUUUGGCGCGGGCAGUCUGUGUCGGCCUCGCCUGAGGACCCGGCCACGAACCCCACUGAACCGCGUGAAGCGUCUCCAAACACAGGUGCUGGCUCCAGGAAUGUGCAGUCUGAAAGGCACCCUGUGGCACCCAUCAACGAUCGUCUUCUUGGGAGGGCUGUGGGGAAUGCGCACGUUCGUGGUGUCGAGCACGGCAUGCGGCAACUGACAGCGGAGCAGGAGGUGCUCGUGUUUGACCUUGCAGCUGCCAUGAGGCGAGUUCCUGAGGUUGCCAUGUUGGAUGCCAUCACGAUCCUGUUCUGGGAGCUGGCCGACGACAAGAUGGAUUUCUGGCCGUCCCGGAGAGUGCUACUAGGGGCGAUUUGCGCCGCACUCAAGUACAGGACCGCGGAGCAGCGUUGGGACCUGCUCAACGUGUACCUGUACGACCCCGUUCAGCGUGGGUACAUCAGGAACAAACUGCAGGACGAGCGCCACGUCAUACUUACCAAGGGGCGGUGCGGACUCUACAAGUCGUACGACCUUUACAUCCAGCAUCCUGAUAAGAAUCGACAGCUCAUGGGCUCCACUUUGAUUGACGCUUGGAAGGUCCAGUACAAGCCGGUGAAUGGGUCAAUCACCCUUCACACGUGGCAUUGCAAUGCGCAAGGCGUCCCGUUCUCCAACGAUGUGAUCACCCGUGGAAUUGCAGCAUCUUUCCGCCGUGAGGGCGAGGAUGUGCUUAUUCUAAAGCUGAGGCAGAUCGCGUUUUGGCUAUUCGGG